AUGUUUAAGUUAACAAGAUCGGCGAUAUCUUCGAGGAAAAAUAUGCACGAAUGGAUAUUAUCGGAUGCUGAUAAUGAAACAUCAUGGUUGAAGAUGAAAUUAAAUAAUAUCAUUAAAUUUUGGAAAUAUGAAACUAGGGAUACUACAGGAAAAAAAAUACAAGUUGCCAAAUUGUAUGGUCCCUACGAUAUCAGACUAGAUUUCGUUGAUGAGAAAAUAAUUCGAGACGAGGAGGUUAGAAUCGACGUCCAUUACUGUAGUAUCACGAUGACCGAUAUUUUAUUAUGGGCUAAUCAACAUCGAAGAAUUAUUAAAAAAGGAACGAUCCUUGGAUUUGAGGCAUCCGGUAAAAUUUUGGAAAUAGGUCGAUUGGCACAGGAGAAAGAAAAUUUUUACUGGGGCGAAGAGGUGUUGAUACAUAACUAUCCGAUCGUUGGUGCAUUAGCAGAAACUUGUAUUGCUCAUUACAACAACGUGUUUAAACUCGGGAGAAAGAAGAAAUUAUCAAUGAAAAAUGCUGCGAUUUUGACGGACGAUUAUUUUUCACCAUUCUUAAUAUUCGGUCGUCGAAGUAAAUUAAACGAGGACGAGUAUAUUUUAAUUAAUACAAAUUUGGCAUAUUCGGCAUUAGCAGCUAGCGAUAUCGCGGCAUAUAUCUUUCAUGCUAAGCCAAUUAUAGCAUGCAAUUGUUUAACAUCGUUCAAUCAUAGCAGUGGUGCUAUUGCAAUUAUCGAUCGAAGUAAAUUGAGCGACGAAUUAGAACGAAUUACUGGCAAGAGAGAAGUUCGUUUAAUCAUCGAUACGAUUGGUGGAAAACAUUUCGCCACUCUACUUAAAUGUUUGCAACACGAAGGAAUAGUUGCUGUUCUCGAUUACGCAAGAGAUUCCAAGUAUUCUUAUCGAUAUAUAUUCCCAUCGAAUUAUACUUUCUUAGCGUUGGCAAUAGAACAUUAUAAAAACAACGAUCCCUUUAUAUAUAGAGAGACCAUGCAAAAUUUAUUGAAUUAUCGAAUAGACGGUACGAUCUAUCCACGUGUAUCAGCCAUAUUUGGAUUGAAUAAUAUAAAUAAGGCGUUUGAAUACGGCGCCAAAUUGACUCGAGGGAAAAUAUUGAUAGAUCUUAAAAAUCAUGACAAAUAUCAUAUAUGCGAAUCUUAACCGAUCGAUUUGUUCCAUUUCAACCAAAAAGAAUAUAUAUAAUAAGAAUAAAUAAUAAUGUUAUAAGCGUAUUGAUCGUUCAUUUUUUCACAUUGCAUGAAGCGUGUUAAUACAUAGAUAUUAACCUAUAUAUUAACAUACUUAAACAAAUACGAAAACGUCGUAAUAAUAGUAAUAAUGAUAUGACAGAUUUAUAUGAUUGAUUAUUUUAAUAAAAAAACGAAUAAAAAUUAAACGUAUGUAUAUACACAUAUAUAAA